UGCCAAGUCAAAGAAGGGGCUCAGUAAUUUUGGGAUUGGCGGCCUCUCCCUAUUUCGCGGCUUCGCCCCUUCGACCUGAGUAGCGGAGCUCCUAGCUCAUUCUAAUAUGCCACCUGCGGGCCGUAAUGCCGUUACAUGCGGCGGUGCAUGGCCGUCGUGUUCGCAUUGAGGUCAUUGAUGGACACACGAAGUCAUGGACGCAUGCGUAAUUGUGCGUAGCUCUGUCUGAGUCUCCGCCGUCCAUGAAAGGUGCCACAAAAUGUUCUGAAAUGACGCCGUGACGCCGAGUUUGGACCUCAGACCGAUUGAGUGCCUGGGUCACGGUCUGGUGGUGUCUCCUAUUUUUGUUCCAAGCAGUUUGACACGAGCUAAAGCCGACCUGAGAAGUUGAUCCUUCAGGAGAUGCUGGCCGAUCUCUGUUGUCAUGCGCUCUAGACUUUUUGGGAGUCAUCAGCUGCAUGUCUCGCCAAGAGCUUUGCGCUUGUGACGCAACGGCUGCAGAUGCGAGGGCGAUCCUAUAAAACCCACAUGAUACAUUGUCGUCCCUUGCUUUCUUCUUGCUCUUCCCCUCCCGAAGGCCACCGCUACACCCGUCACUGCAAACGAUCCUGACCAGAUCGAUCGCCCAGCAUGAUUCGGCGAAUCUCAACUUCACUGUUGCUGCUGUCAGCAGCGACAGCUUCCAUGGCCGCUCCUUUUGCGACCCAGAGCGAAGCUGUCUUGGCACUCCGAGCGGGAAUGGCGAGCCCCGCGACCAACGGUUCUGACAUUAAUCCUGGGUGGGACUACAGAGCCACCCUUGAACUUGCGAUAAAUCGCUCCACGCACUCUUGGGAGUUCGGUACGUGCAUGCAAGCCAUCUUAGAGGUCUACAAUCCGGAGCUUAGCGUCUACAGCCCGAAGGCUUUCCCAAACGGACGCAUUCCCAAGGUGGACGCCAGCAAGAUCCAGGCGCUCACGUACCUUCGGCCGCAUAUUCGACUUGACAACGACACGCUGGUCGAUGGCGAUGGCGCUGCAGGAGAUCCUGCCAGCUUGGGUGUGGGAGCGAUUAUGAUCGGGCAGACCGUGCCAGA